UGUCAUUACAUUCAUUCCGACCGUAGCUGCAGUGUAUCGGUCUGGAGGCGGGGGUGCGCACCAGCAUGGCUCCAACGUAUCAGGUGACAGUGUGGGAAAUGUGGACACCACACGCAGCUUAAACCCGAAACAAAACCAUGGCGACAGGAGAAGAAAUCGGAAUGGGGUGUGGGAGAUCUGCACCGCUAAGUCGGCAGGACGAAGGGGACGCGGCUCUGGGGUAUUACGACAACGAGGACGACCUGGAAGCGUUUUCAAACACCGAGCUUUGCUCUGAAGACGGAGGAUUCAGCGAUUAUCUGAAUGGAGAGGUCAAACCUCGUAUCCUGUUGAUGGGCUUGCGAAGAAGUGGGAAGUCCUCCAUCCAGAAGGUGGUUUUUCAUAAAAUGUCACCCAACGAAACCCUCUUCCUCGAGAGCACCAACAAGAUCUGCAGGGAGGAGGUCUCCAGCAGCUCCUUUGUCAGCUUCCAGAUCUGGGACUUCCCCGGCCAGAUCGACUUCUUUGAUCCUACCUUUGAUUAUGAAAUGAUCUUCAGAGGCACUGGAGCGCUAAUUUUUGUCAUUGACUCACAGGAUGACUACGUGGAGGCUCUGAGUAGACUGCAUCUCACAGUGACUAGAGCCUACAAAGUAAAUCCAGACAUCAACUUUGAGGUGUUCAUUCACAAAGUGGACGGCUUGUCAGAUGACCACAAGAUUGAGAAGCAGAGGGACAUUCACAAACGAGCCAAUGAUGACCUUGCAGAUGCAGGCCUGGAACAAAUUCACCUGAGCUUUUACUUGACCAGUAUAUACGACCACUCCAUAUUUGAGGCUUUCAGUAAAGUGGUCCAGAAGCUCAUCCCACAGCUGCCAACACUGGAAAAUCUGCUCAACAUCUUCAUAUCUAAUUCAGGAAUUGAGAAGGCCUUCCUGUUUGAUGUGGUCAGUAAGAUUUACAUCGCCACAGACAGCAGUCCGGUGGACAUGCAGACAUAUGAACUGUGCUGUGACAUGAUUGACGUGGUCAUUGACAUCUCCUGCAUCUAUGGUCUGGCAGGCAGUGAAGCUGGGUUACCCUAUGACAAGGAGUCUAUGGCAAUCAUCCACCUGAACAACACUACAGUCAUGUACCUGAAGGAGGUCACCAAGUUCCUCACCAUGGUCUGCUUCCUCCGCAAGGAAAGCUUCGAGAGGAAAGGACUGAUUGAUUACAACUUCUACUGCUUAAAGAAAGCCAUCCAAGAGGUUUUUGAUGUUCGAGUAAAAGUUCAACAGAGUCGUAAACUCCUCAGUCAGAGGAGGUGGAGCAAACUCACUAUGACCAAUGGCGCACCCAGCAAGCCCCACUGAGAGUUGGUGACAUCAGUCAGCCAAAUGUACUUCAGCAUUGAAGAAUCCAAAAGAGUCAUCCUUAUUUAAAGGAACACAUCAAGUUUGUCAUCUUUCUAUGAAUUGUACUGUUCAGUCCAUUCAGUCCAUCAUCUCUCUGUUCUCAAAAGUAGCUACUGUAUCUGUCAGCAGCAAAGAGGACAAAUGGUCUUUUCGCACACACAAAAAAAUUUUUUCCUUCUGCUCCUUGUCAUCAGGGGCUGCAACAGUGGACUCACUUGAUCCACAUGUUCAGUUCAGCAUAGUAUGUGCAUUGGAUGCCAACCUGAUGCAAGUCCCCCCUACAAGACAAUUUAGAGUCACUGAUUAACCUAAUCUGCAUGUCCUUAGACUGUGAGGGAGCCAGAAUACCCAGACGCAGGGAGGACAUACAAACUCCACACAGAAAGGCCCCAGUCAGCCACAGGGUUUCUACCUUGAACCUUCUUGCUGUGAGGCAACAGUGCUAAUCACUGUACCUCUGUGCCACUACACAGUGACUAAAUUUGCUAGACAAAAGUAGUGAAGUAUUACGCUCUUCAUGAGAAGGAUACAGUAAAUUUUAUGAUUUUAUUCCACCCACCCUGCAUAACAUAGGUGGGGGCAAUAUACCUAUACCGACCACAGAACGCUCAUGCUGCUGUUAAUUGGGGGCCUUCAUAGUCAUUAUAUAUUGUUAAUAAAUUCACAAUGUAUAAAAAGCUGCAAUUUGUAAUUUUAAUAGCUGUUUGUAGAGAUGAUGCUUUACAAAGUGCACCAGAGGGGAAUAAACGUGCAGUGUUGUAGUGACAUUUGUGUCUCAGAGUCAGCAUAGUUGUUUCAGGACAGGUGACAGAUGCCCAAAACAAUCAAAAUAAGGUUUUAGCCAUCUAUUGCAACAAUAUAUAUUUGAGUCUGCUGGUGUGGCCCUGCCCAUGUGAUGAACAAGGCUGAGCUAACAACCCUUCUGGUAGAGGCUUAAAUUUUGAAUAUGACCAAAUGCUAAUACUGGUGCAGGAGGGCAGAGUGUUGUUGUCUGCAGGUUGAAUUAAUGCUGAAUGUUUAUACGGAGGGCCUAUUGGGUGUGGGAGGUUGUGGAAAUACAUGACUUGUCUGCCUCAGCUAGCAGUAGACUUCAUGGUACACCGAGUCGCUCUGAAAUCUGUGGAGACAGUGCCACUGAAGUUGACUUGAGACUUAUUGAGACUGGGUUUAUGUCUCAAGGAGAGGUGGGUUGAUUUUAUUUUUACCUGCACUGAUCAGUGAUGUUAUGUUCGUCUGGGACACUGUAUGAGCAAUUUGUCACCCCCAUUCCUUUAAUAAUUACAGCUAAAGCUAGACAGCACAGCAGAGAAUGCAAGCUUCCGCCAAGGCAACUCACGGUUUCUAUAAUGACAUUACAUCUAAAAGUAAUAUUUCCAUGAUACUGUGACCCUCAUAAAAUAAUUCCUUGACCAUGAAAACAUACCCUUAGUAUUUAUGAUUGCACUGAUAUUGUAGUAAAAGCUGAGUAACAGACUGACAGAAUUUGCCUUUUUGUGCGCAGUCCCAUGCCCCUUAAACUGCACGACCCUGGGAAGCAGUUUUUACUGUAGAACACUCACACAGACAAAACACGGUGCAGGGCAUGAACCACACUAGUGACUACACUCAGGAAAUAGGCAAUUAACCACCUCACCACUUCUGUUGGCAUUAGGCACAGUAAUAGAGAGGACAGCUGUCCCCUUCGGAGUGGCUUGUGGCUAGCACUACUACAUACACCUGCAAUAACAUCAGGGAGGGCAUACAACCCAACAAUACUCUGGAACAGCACAGUCUCUGGCCCAGUAGGGCAUGCUGGGGGACCCCACCAUAAUGUCUCUCUGCCCACCACACACUACAAUAUCAUUAUUAAUGUAAAAGUUAUUCAAGGCAAAUGAUAAUUCAGAAAUGGCUGUUUUCUUCAAGAGCUAGCUCAGUAACUUAUGAAGAUGCAUCAAAUCUGUUGACACCCUGCUGAUUCAGCAGAGUUUCAGCUCAAAUUUGAUCUCUUGCAAGUCUGCAGCAUUAUUUGUUGUCUCACAGUAGCAGGUUUUCCAUGAGCCCUAUAAAUUUCAACAUAGUGGAUCACUCUGUGCAGAAUAUUACUUGGAUCCAGAUCAUAAUUUGGUGUAUGGUAGAUGUUAUGAUAUGGGAAUGUUAUCUUGCAAUUUUUGUCCAAGCAUUGUAAGUAUUAUGUAUUGAUGCAAGAAAAAAACUGAAAUAUAAUAAUAAUCUAUAGGUAAUAUGGAAGAUGAAUCCCAUUUGAAAAUGUGUUCAUUAGUUAUUUAAUGUUUUAAAACAUUAUUAUAUAAAAAGUCAAAAGCCUUGAAUGGGCUUAAAUGGUACCGUGGCACCAUAGCACCAUUUAAACCCAUGUUUCAAAUAAGCCCACAUCAUGAUUUGCUGAUAAAAUCUCAAAAAGAUUUUGUUUUAAAAGAAUUCAUAUCGGCAAUGAAUUUACUCAGUAAAUUGUUUAUUGUAGAAGGUCUUGAUGUUUUUCUGGUUUCUCAAG